AUGGAAAAAUUAAUUCGUGUUUCCAACUCCCUGAGGGGGAAAAAAUUAAUUGUUUUCAGUGGGGAUUAUUUAGGGUUCUUGGAUUCAGUUAAAAGGAAGUUUGAUGUUGCUGCAGAUGUCGAAAUCAAUUUGUUCGACGAUCAAGGUGCUGAAAUUGAAGAGGAAGUGUUCCCUAUUUUAAUUCGACAACAGGACACGCCCAACAUUGUGUUUACUCUUAUUGGAGAAAUACAAACUGAGCUUACUUUUGAGGAAAACGGAAGCAUUAACUCUCCGAUGAUUUAUUUUAAUUCACCUCCUCUUCUUUUGUCAACUAAAAAUACAAUUGAAAGUGGAUUUAAGCAGAUAUUUGAGGAAUUUGUACAAAGUGACGAGGAAUUACAACGUUUGGUCACUGACUGCAAUGAAAAAACCUUUGUCGACACAUCCACGGGGAAUAUUUUAAUAAAAUCAUUUGUUAAUAAAUUAAUUGAGCUAAAAGGGAAUUCACCGUCAACAGCUGACCAGAAAUUACUUGCUCAUACUGUAAUUUCAAUCUUACCUUGCUGGAAGUAUGCAGCGUCAGAAAACGGAAUUGAUAUACUUUAUGAUGAGGGUAACCGUUCCGGACUUAUCCAAGCUCGGCUAAGAACAAUACAUCGCCAUCUAAAUGAAACGAAGCAGCCAAAAUCAAAACGCGUUUGCAAAAAUCAAAACGCUGUAUCAAAUUCGGAUGUAGAAGAAUCCUUUGUAGAUAACGAAGAAAUAAUUGCCAAACUUAAUUCUACACCCAUUAAAGAUGAAGAAGAGUUGAAGAGACUGGCGUUGGAGACACUCGCUCACCGUAAUUAUUUACGGCUCAGAAGUGACUCAUCCAUUCUAAAAAUUUACAGAAAAUUCCAGGAAUGGAAGUCUAUGAUCAAUUUUGAGUUUUCUCAACUCCACCCUGAGCAAAGCGAUAACUUCUUAAAAUCUUGGCCGACCUGGGUAGACAAAAUAUUACAAAGGGCCGGCAGUAUCAAAAAGUCUCCUGCGCUUAUAAGAUUUCUUGCACAGGGCUGUGGGGAAUGGGAUUUUUCAAUUGGUGCGCUGUUUACAUUACUCCAUUUGAUUCCGCCAACAGCACAAGGACAAGGGAAGGCAAAUCAUUGUACUUUGGAUGGUGCAAAAACAAAAUUAAUUAAUUUCUUCAAGGCCGGGACUCCAUUGCAAUCUAUCUUGGAUACUUGGAAAGCCGAAUUGAAGCAGCCAAAUCUAGUUUGUUUAGGAGUUGAUAAGAAAAAUUUGUCAAGCUUUUUCAUCGCAUGUGACGGUCAGCUGCUUCCAAUUGCAUCCAAAAAUUCCACCGAAGCUAUUGACAUUCUCUUCAAAAGCCAUUAUGUAUUUGGGACGGAGUACGACAUCAGUUUAAGGGGGCUAUGGAAAUUUAUUCAAGUUUACAUUUAUGGAUUGGAGACGGAUGCCGAAAAUCUGCCUCGUAAUGUGAAACAGGUUUUUAACCAGCUUAAUUAAGAGUACAUAUUUCAAAAUGUUCAAUUGCACCUUAUGCAGUAAAUUGAUGUUAGAUAGUGCUAGUUUAAUUAAGCACGUUAAGUACAUACAUAAUUUUAGUCAUGUAUGCUUUAAAGAGGUAAUAUGUCCGUUUAGUAAUUGUUUGACUAAAAUUAAUUCCUGGAGUUAUUUUUUAGGGCAUACAAAAUCUCAUGACGUUAAAUCUGUCGAUACAAUUACUCCAAAUAUACAACCAAACAACGGAGAUAAUAUAGAAAUAAUUAGUCCAAACAAUUUUGAUGAUUUUGAUUUUGCAAGUAAUGCUUCAAAUGAAAUAUCCGUAGAUUUAGGAAUUAAGGUGAUGACAGUAUCAUUAACCAAUUUUUGUUUCACUUUACUUGCAACUGGUGUCAGCAACUCCACAUUAGAUUUUAUAGUUAAAGAGUUGAAAUAUUCAAUGAAUGAUAUUUUUAAUUUGAUUCUUAAAAUUGGCGACAGUGCAAUUCCAUCAAAUAAUUUCGAGUCAUUUCAAAUACAAAUAUUUAGCUUACUUCAAGCAUUUGAUAAGGUCAAAUCAGCUUAUCAAAGGCAAAAGCUUUUUAAAGAAAACGAUCAUUUUGUUAUGCCGAAAGAGUUGACUUUAGGAAAUAGAGUUGAGCUUAGAAGUCACAAUACAAAACGACUGCAAGUUAUAGCUGAAGACACCUUUAUGUACAUCCCUUUGUUAAAAACUUUGGAAAAAAUUGUGUCAAUUCCUGAGUUUUCUAAAUAUUUUUAUUAUAAAAACAAUGAUUCAACAAGUUAUUCAUGUUUUCAAAAUUCCAAAUCUUAUUUAACAAACGAGCUGUUUUCCAAAUUCCCCAAUUCUAUUCAACUGCAAUUAUUUUAUGACGACUUCGAGACCGUUAAUCCUCUUGGAUCGAAGCGAGGAAUACAUAAAAUAGGGGCAAUUUAUUUUGUACUUCGGAAUCUGCCCGACUUUAUUAAUUCCCAGCUCAGUCAGAUUCACUUACUUGCUUUAUUCUACUCUGAAGAUGCAAAAAAAUAUGGGAUAAAUGGUAUUUUAAAUUUAAUCAUUCCUGAUUUAAAACUUCUUGAAAGCCAAGGAAUCGAAAUAAAUGGUACAGAUAGAUUUUUUGGAACUAUUUCCACUGUUAUUUUUGACAAUUUGGGAGGAAAUUCAAUUUAUGGGUUUCAUGAGUCGUUCAAUUCUAAUUACUAUUGUAGAUUAUGCUGCACGAGUAAGGAUGAAGCCCAAAUUAAUUAUAAGCAUUGCGAUAUGGUAUUAAGAAACAAGGUAAAUUAUGCCGAGCACCUUCAAUGCAAAAGUUUUGGCGUUCAGAGACCAUGCGCCUUAAAUGAUUUACAGUUUUUUAAUUUUUUAGAUUCGCCAUCAGUGGACAUAAUGCAUGAUUUGCUUGAAGGUGUUGUUCCGUACGAAGUAAAACUCGUAGUUCAAAAACUUAUAUUUUUAAAAUGUUUUGAUUUAGAAAAAAUUAACCAAAGAAUUAUUUCGUACGAUUAUGGUUACUUAGAUUCGAAGAAUCGCCCAAGUCCUAUUAGAUUAGACAAUAAUAGCAACAGAAAUGGCCAAAAAGCUGCACAAGCUUGGUGCCUCAUAAGACAUCUUCCAAUCAUAAUUGGCGACUUAAUUGUAACACAUGAUGCUAAGAAAUUUUGGGAAUUAAUUCUCUUGUUAUUAGAAAUUUUAAAUAUUGCAUUUUGUAGAAACUUUUCUGAAGCAAUUCUUUUUAAAUUAGAUUCUCUUAUUAUUACACAUCAUUCAAAAUUUAAAGAAUUAUUUCCUGAAAAUCGGUUGAUUCCGAAGCACCAUUUUAUGUGUCACUACUCUUAUGUUAUUAGACAGACUGGUCCCUUGAUUUCCCUUUGGACAAUGAGGUUUGAAGGGAAGCACAAUUAUUUUGUGCAAUUGGCGAAUCACACAAAAAAUUUUAGGCAUAUUUGUUAGACACUUUCCAUGCGCCAUCAGCAAUAUGCUGCAGUUAUGUCAAAAAAUAUUGUACUAAACGAAUUAAAAGUUGAGAAUAUUUUGAGUAUUAAACUAUGCCAAUUUUCCAACCCAUUUGAUGCAAUUGAACUCUUGAGAAAAGUUAAUGGGUUUGAAAAAUGUGAUGAAGAAACAGAAAUUUGCA